AUGGCCGCGGCUGAACGCAACAGCGAUGAGGCCAUUCAAAACGACUUGGACCGGACGUUUGCCGACAUACCCAUGUUGGCACCUCUGAAGCCGCAAAUCUUCAGCAUCCUGAAGGACUUUGCGGCACAUGACCCAGACAUCGGCUACACGCAGGGCAUGAACUAUGUCGCUGCUGCUCUGGUCGUGAAAUAUCCAGAGCGGGCAGAUACCGCGCGCCGGAAGUUCAUGGACGCUUUGCUGCUGUUUGGUGGCCUGUGGUCCGAUGGCUUCCCUCUCAUGAACAAGGGCGUGGUGCUCUUCGAAAGGUUGCUCGCACUCUACCUCCCUGACCUCGCCAAGCACCUCAACGGCUGUGGUGUGUUGACCCUGAGCUAUGUGCCCAAUGGUUGGCUGUCCCUUUUCGGGAAAUGGCUACCUCUUCCAGCAGUCAUCGAGGCCAUGGACAUCUUCUUAGAGGCCGGGCUUCGCGGCGUGCUGGCCGUGACCCUUGCACUCUUCCAGCUGCAGAAGAGGCGUCUCAUGGCAGCACGUGGCAUGGAAGCUGUGUUGGAGCUGGUGAAUCAGGAGAUGCGGACGUCACCGAUCGACGGGGAGCUCCUGGUGAAAACUGCCAGACUUUGGCUUCCCCGUGUGGACAACAUCAUCCAGGAAACAUGCGUUCCGCCAACGUAG